UCCACAUCGAAUUCGAUGACCGUCUUUGCCAUCUGUGCCCGCCGCGGCAGUCGGGCCGUGCGCGCUGGCUGGGCAAGGAUGUACCACAGAACCCACUCUCUUCAAAGCGCAGUGACGUCUCCCUUCGGCACACUGCUCGGAAUCACGGAUGGAGGCGUCCACGUGUACAGCAGUGACUACACGACGUUGGACCCAGAAGUGCAGGCGAACCGUGCGUACUUUCAGAGCCUCCUCGACGGCGUCACGACAGGAUACAAGUGGCAGUGCGUGGAACUCGGCCGUCGUUACCUUCUUGUCAACUAUGGCGUCGUCUUUGACAACAUUGCGAUGGCGUAUGACAUCUUUCGCUUGAAGUACGUGACUCGCGUCGCCGACGGCAAGUUGCACCCGUUGCAUGCGCAUCCAAAUGGCACAUCGUCCACUCGACCGACCAAAGGAUCUCUUUUGAUUUGGACUCCGUCGGGUGAAUUCCGACAGACCGGUCAUGUCGCGGUCAUCGUUGACGUCGGCAGCUCACACAUUGACAUCGUCGAACAGAACGUGCACAACGCCGUGUGGCCGUCGACACAGGCUUACUCGCGCCGACUGCCUCUGCAUUAUGACCCUGACAUGAAUGCGUAUACGGUUGCAUGCACUUACAAAGACGGUGUUAUCUUGGGGUGGAUGACUGUCGACCUCGACGAUGAGUACAAGUACGACGACUUGCAUCCUUUCACCGCGUCCGACCUCGUUGCGCCAUCUGCCGACCAUCCCAAGGAGUACCGCAUCCCGCCAUCUGGCGCACUUGCCCUCGAGCACGCGACCAACCAGCUACACCACCUCAUGCUGGACGCGACCGACUACGUGCUGCAACACUCGGAGCGGUUCAUCGGGGCUUCUGGCAUCCCCGACGCGUUGUGGUCGCCCAUCCGAAAGUCCUGGUUUGAACAAAAGCCCGACGAUCUCGUGUCCCAGUUUGAGUUCACGCUGACCAACGACGGCCUGCAUUGGACGGGAUUCUCGAGUAACACGCUCCCAGAUUACGUGUCCGCAUCGCACGACUCGACGGUGGAAGCGACGCUGAUCCAGGCGUGGCGCGCCAAGGCCAUCGAGACGCCUUUGCACCUGUUAAAGGACUGUCUUGCCCACGAAGAGUUGGCUCUGUCCACGGCGCAUGCCGCCGGCCUCGAGUGCCACUCGCUUUGGUCUUUAAACGACCUUGUCCCGGCCAAAGAUGGUGCCGGGUUCCUCGACCCGGAAGGCCGCCCCGUCCGGACACUGUGGCACGCGACCCCGUGGUCCACCCUCCUCCGACACAACCACCCGGCCCUGCUCUGUCCAUCAAUUCGAUGGAUUGAACCGCUGUGGACAACGCUCUCCAACUCGGCAGUCAUCGCGCCGCUGCUCCGCGAUUUGUAUCCGCACCACCCGAUGCUCCAGGCUGCGCCAUCUGUCAGUGGAAUUCGACUCAUCACAUGGGCUGUGAAAGGCCAGUUUGCCGCCGCCGCCGUCCAAGCAAAGGCGUCGACGCUGCCGUUGAACGUGAUUCCACCGCACGGUCAAACAUAGCAUCGAGUUGUGUGGAGUAAAGGCCCUCAUGAGACCAAAGGACCAUCGCAGCGGGCCCGCUGUAGCCUUGAGCUCCUUUCCAGAACUCUCUUUAGCUUACACCACAGCGGGUUGCACAUUAUAAAAUAAUAUAUUUCCGGUGGUUCUAUUC